AAGAUGCAGGGCAAAGAGAGCAAUCCACCAGAUGGUGGCUAUGGAUGGGUUGUGGUAGUGUCAGCCUUCAUGGUGAUGGGCUUUACUGCUGCUGUCCUCAAGACUUUUGGUCUCUUCUUUGUUGAAAUUCAGCAGCACUUUGAUGAACUUGCAAGCAUCACUUCCUGGAUCACGUCAAUAACGAUCGCCAUUUUUCAUUUAGGAGCCCCUGUUGCCAGUUCACUAUGCGCAAAAUACAGUCAUCGGGCAGUUGUGAUCACUGGAGGACUCCUUGCUUUUUCAGGAAUGGCAUUGGGAUUUCUUGGACUCAGCAUGGUUUGGAUGUAUGCAACAACUGGCUUCCUUCAGGGACUUGGGAUUUCCUUUUCAUGGAUACCAGCCAUUAGCAUUGUUAGCCACUACUUCUCCAAGAAAAGAGCUUUGGCCAAUGCUAUUGCCAGUGCCGGAGAAUGUGCCUUUGCCUUCACCUUUGGGCCAUUUUUCCAGUGGUUGAUUGAUCAGUUUGGAUGGAAAGGUGCCCUUUUGAUCAUAGGUGGCAUCCAACUCAAUAUUUGUGUCUGUGGAGCACUGAUGCGACCACUGAAAAGCAGCUGCCUUCCUGAGACUAGCUAUCCUGAAGCUGAGACACCAUCUAGCAAGAGGGUGUCUGGGAGACACAACGAUAAGUCUGCCAUGACACACAAAACCUUCAACUGGAUGCUUGUGAGGAGACAGGAUUUUGUACUUUAUGCCAUUUUUGGUGUUUUAGCUGCUAUGAGUUUUUUUGUUCCUCCAUUAUUUUUAGUUCCACUUAGCUACAGCCUUGGAAUAGAUGAAUCUUGGACUGCAUCGCUCCUGUCCAUUUUGGCUAUGGUGGAUUUUGCAGGCAGGCUGCUAUGUGGCUGGUAUGCCAAUCUCCGUGUUACCAAAACUAUUCACUUGCUGACAAUGACAAUUGCACUGAUCAGUACUUCAUUGAUGCUGUUGCCACUGGCUAGCAAUUACCUCUCCUUAGCAAUAUUCACUGGCUUCUAUGGAUUCUUCUUUGGCACAACAGUUGCCAUUCACAUUACAGUGCUAGCAGAUGUUGUAGGCAUGUCAGAUUUUGACAGUGCUCUAGGUCUUUUCAUGCUCAUUCGAAGUACUGGAGGUUUUGUGGGGCCUCCUCUUGCUGGUCUGAUUGUAGACAUGGCUGGAGAUUACAGAGCAGGCUUCUACAUGGCAGGAGCCACUCUUAUCCUAUCUGGUGUAUUUUUAGUUAUUUUAGAUCAUUUUCAACAGAGAAAAGAAAAAGAAAACCAGACUAACACUAAACCAGAAAAAUCAACAUUGCCCUACCCUUCUCUUCAUUUCCUGGAACUUCAAAAUAGACGAUACCAAGAGCAUGAUGUAGUGGUGUGA